AUUAUUAUUAUCGUCCACCUACCAAAAGCUGGACAGACAGGAUUCAAUUCUCUUCACCAAAAAACAGAGGAGGCAGACCCUGAUGAGUUCAAUUCAAUCUCUCCCCAAAACCGUUCUGAAAAACCCAUCCUCCAUCAAAACAAAAUCCCUAGCCCAACAGCUCCACGCCCAAAUCGUCAAAACCAACGCCACCACACACUUGAACCUCAAUCACGAAUCACUCAUUGUGUUCAACACCCUUCACCCUUCUUCACCCCCCUCUCUUGGAGCUUGGAAGUCUAUCAUCAGGUAUUACACUUCCAAUGGUCUUUUCCUCCAAACCCUAACCGCUUUUGUUAAAAUGUGGGAUUCCGGUGUGUACCCAGAUCACAAUGUAUUCCCUUCUGUCAUAAAAUCAUGCACCCAUUUGGUGGAUUUGAGGUUUGGUGAGUCGGUUCACGGGUGCUCUAUCCGUCUUGGUAUUGAUUUUGAUUUGUUCACGGGGAAUGCACUCAUGAACAUGUAUUCAAAGUUGGAAACUUUCGGUAGAAUUGGUGGGUUGGGUGAUGUUGCUGGUCAAGUGUUUGAUAAAAUGCCUAAACUAGGGAAGAUGGUUGGCAAUGAUGUGCAUUUUGAGGUUACUAGCGAUGGAAAUAUGCCAUAUUUCAGGAGAAAUUUGGAAAGAGAUUUACCGAGCUGUGAGAGUUUUGGUAGUAAUUCAAAUGAAUUAUUGGGCAAUGAAUUGGAAAAAUGUGUUUCGGGUGAUGAUAUUAUGGGUUGCUCAAAGAAAAUGAACUAUGCAUUGCCUCCAAGUAACAAACAAACAGCAGGUUUUGAUCGUUUAGGGAUGAGUUAUGAAGUGUCGAGGAGGAACGGAGAAAAGGAGGCUUUACGCUUGGAUAGUGUUAGAAAAGUUUUUGAAAUGAUGCCAAAAAGAGAUCUUGUUUCAUGGAAUACACUGAUUGCAGGAAAUGCACAAAAUGGGUUGUACAAGGAAGCUCUAUACAUGGUCAGGGAGAUGGGUAAAGCCAAUUUGCAGCCAGAUCCAUUCACUUUAUCUAGUGUCCUCCCUAUCUUUGCAGAAUAUGUGGGCGUAAUGAAGGGAAAGGAAAUUCAUGGGUAUGCCAUUAGACAUGGGUUGGAUACAAAUGGAUUUAUUGGAAGUAGCUUGAUUGACAUGUAUGCAAACUGCACACGGGUGGAAGAUUCAUGUAAAGUAUUUAACCUGUUGCCUCAAGGCGAUAUUGUCUCUUGGAGUUCUGUUAUUGCAGGGUGUGUGCAAAAUGGUGCUUUUGAUGAAGGCCUGAAAUUGUUUCGGAAGAUGUUGUUGGCUAAGAUUAAACCUGUGAAUGUUACCUUUUCAAGCAUAAUGCCGGCUUGUGCUCACUUGACGACGGUACAUCUUGGAAAACAACUCCAUGGUUGUAUAAUUAGAGGUGGAUUUGAUGACAACGUGUUUAUAGCUAGCUCGCUUGUGGACAUGUAUGCUAGAUGUGGAAACAUUAAGACCGCGAGGUGGAUUUUCAAUAACAUGGAGCAAAUUGAUAUUGUGUCAUGGACAGCAAUGAUUAUGGGAUGUGCUUUACAUGGGCAUGCCGAUGAGGCAAUCUCCUUGUUCAAGCAGAUGGAGAUGGGAGGUGUGAAACCUAACUCUGUGGCAUUUGUUGCUGUUUUGGCCGCUUGUAGUCAUGCCAAACUGGUUGAAGAAGGUUUGCAAUAUUUCAACAGUAUGAUCCAUGAUUAUGGUAUUUCUCCUGGCUUAGAACACUAUGCUUCAGUUGCAGACCUUCUUGGUCGAGCAGGAAAAUUGGAGGAAGCCUAUGGGUUCAUUUCUAGGAUGCAUACUAAACCGGAAGGGAGUGUUUGGUUGACAUUGUUAGCUUCUUGUAGAGUUCACAAAAAUACUGAAGUGGCAGAAAAGGUUGCAGAGAAAAUAUUUACACUUGAUCCUAAUAACGUGGUAGCUUAUGUCCUUCUGUCAAACACAUAUUCAGCUGCUGGGAGGUGGAAAGAAGCAGAAAAAUUGAGAACUAUCGUGAGGGAUAAGGGUAUGAGGAAGAAACCUGCUUGUAGUUGGAUUGAAGUUAAUAACAAGGUACAUGCUUUUGUUGCUGGAGACAAAUCCCACCCGUAUUAUGACAAGAUAAAUGAGGUAAUGACAUUUCUUCUAGAGGUAAUGGAAAGGGAAGGUUAUGUCGUGGACACAAAUGAGGUGCUGCAUGAUGUUGAGGAGGAGCAAAAGAGAGUUAUUGCGUAGCCACAGUGAGAGACAUUUUUUUGAACAGCACACAGUGAGAGACUUGCUAUAGCAUUUGGUAUCAUUUCUACUCCGGUAGGGAUUACAAUCCUCGUGACAAAGAAUCUUCGAGUGUGAUGACUGCCACGUAGCAAACAAGUUUAUUGCUAAGAUUAUGGGGAGAGAGAUCAUUGUGAUGGACAGCGGCCGGUUUCACCAUUUUAGAGAUGGGAAGUGUUCUUGCGGAGAUUAUUGGUGAGAAGGAACAUGGAGACUAAUGAAACCUGAAAGCACUAGAAAUGGGUUAAAUUCAAGAGCAUACGGGGAAUCUCAGCCAGAUUGAUGCACUCGUGAAUAUAUGCAUCGUCAGAGCCUAUGUAUUGAGUCCAUCCAUGAACAUAACUGCAUUCAAAGGUUGAGGGUAGUUGCUUGGUACUUGUCUUGUUGGAAGCACUUUUAUGUUUCUUAUCUGGUUUUAUUGCUCUGGACUAUCAAUGAAGGAAGCAUCGUAAUAUGCACAGAAAUUGAAUUGGGUCUCUAGGCCUGUCCUCUUUGAUGCCAUUUGACUUUGAUUUGGGGGCAUGGUUUCACAGCAAAAUAGGUAUAGUGGGGCCACUAUUUCAGUGGUAUUCUGAAAGCAGCCACUUUGUGGAUAUUGCCAAAAGGGAAAUCAAGUGUGAUGCCGUUAGGGACGAAACCAGGAUUUCCUAAACAGGUUGGGGGGGAAGGGUUGUGAUCUAUGAAAGGGAACCAAAUUAUAUUACAGUUUCCGCCAGAGCUAUCCGAUGAAUGGGAAGCAUCAUCACCCCACGCCCACGGGCUAUUUGUAUGUGAUCCUAGAGGAAGUUGGUUUUAUUAAUAUUUAUAUUAGCCAUUUGGACAUUA